AUGUGUGAGAUAAAGCUGGAAAAAACACUGUUAGCACAAAUCAGACUUGAAAACAAAACAAAAAACAAGCCGGAAAAUUCAGUGGAUCUGAUAAAGCUAGAGAGCAGGCGCCAGUCCCUGGGGACAUGGAUGGCCAAAAAAUUAUCCCCCAGAGCCCAAAGUGAGAGGCGCCAGUCCCUGGGGACAUGGAUGGCCAAAAAAUAUCCCCCAGAGCCCAAAGUUAGAGGCGCCAGUCCCUGGGGACAUGGAUGGCCAAAAAAUUAUCCCCCAGAGCCCAAAGUGAGAGGCGCCAGUCCCUGGGGACAUGGAUGGCCAAGAAUAUAUCUAAAAAAAACUAAAGAAAACUGCAGUCUGCAAGUAGUCAAAGGCCAACUGUUUGCUCAACGCGCGUGUUUUGUGGACGUGUCUCUAUUGUCAACGUGUCUUCGUCACUUGCCAACGUUUGCUCAACGCGCGUGUUUUGUGGACGCGUCUCUAUUGUCAACGUGUCUUCGUCACUUCCAACGUUUGCUCAACGCACGUGUUUUGUGGACGCGUGUUUAUUGUAAACGUGUCUCUUUUGCUACUGUUCAAUCUUUCGUCAACACACGUUUUGUGGACGCGCGUCUCUUGUCAACGCGUCUCUUUCGUUUCUGUUCUAUCUUUCGUCAACACGCGUUUUGUGGACACGUGUCUCUUGUCAACGUGUCUCUUUCAUUUCUGUUCUAUCUUUCGUCAACACGUGUUUUGUGGAUGUUCUCUAUCAUGGCGCGCACCAAAAACACUGCAAAGAAGUGCACUGGUGGCUCAGCGCCACGUGUACACCUUAACAUACUCAAGACCGCCGCCAAGAGCCUUUCUAGAGAGCCGGCUGGGGGCCAAAGUUUGGAGAUGUCCAAACCGGUUCAUCACAAUGAGUUCUGUAUCCUCUGCCGGGAUGGCUCUGCAUCAUUUAAAGAGAAUACACUCUUUAUGUGCAACCACUGCCCCAGAGUGAUGUGCCGCCUGUGUAUGCGCCUCCCUCCGGGCACUGAAGACACGAUCCUCAAUGAGGACGUGUCUUUUAAGUGCAUAUGUUGUCACAUCGCCCUGGAACAGCAGGGCGCACCGUACUAUGGCUUCUAUCACGCUAAUGGUGUCCCGGUCCUCAAGUCUUUUCUACAGGUCCACGCUUCCCUCGAGCUCUCAUCGUGUGCUGAACUUUCAGCGGCACCGGUGAUAUUCAUUCACCUCAUCCUUGUUGACUUCAACACUACGGCCAGCCCUUUCUCCUUGGCUCAUUCGUUCCUUCAACCCUACUUCACCAGCGGCGGCAUCGAAUAUCGCGAGAUCGCCUACAACAUUGUCUCUGACGCGUCCGGUUACCGCAAAACCGUCCGUCAAAUCAUCAAGGACCUCAAAAACUCGUUCGCAUGGGAACGUGUGGUGGUGAUCCUUUUGCCGGGUACAGUUUGGAUGGCGAGAAGCACUAUGCUGGCGCCCCAACUGAAGAUAGACUUGAAGUUCUUGGAGGGUAUCCUUAGUCCAUGGCAAUCUCUCCUGGACCAUGCUGACGAAACCUACCUGUGGCUCUUGUGCUGCAGCGCAAUUGUCAACAACAGUGACUCAUUUGCAGGAUUGCAACGCGCAGUAGUUCAUCACAAGUUCUCUGCCACAGUCGCAUUCAAUGCCGCACAUUUUCAACCAUCUUUUGCGUCCCAUUUGCUCCUGGCAUUCACUGAACAAGUCCUUGUGGAACGUUGCCCCAUUGGCCUCGCAUUUGGUGACAUGCUGGCGCAAGCUUACAAACUUGGUCGCCACACUGACGUCUUCUUACUGACACCACUUGUGGGUAGUCUGAAGGUCUCCAAGUUUGUAUGGGCUGAUGUCAAGUCCCGGCCUUGGGGUGGCUUCCUGCCAAUCCAAUGCCCAAGCUGUGGGUGGACUGAUUGUUGGAGGUCAGUCUUUGUGAGGGCUUGCAAGGAUAAGGUCUAUGUCUUUGAGUGCAAGAAUGACACCUGCACCCAGUCUUUCACCUUCAGCCCUCCUGAAGGGGCCAUCAUGUUGACAUCAGAUAUAAUGGCCAGCUGGACUCUUGUUUUUAGCAAUGUGUUGAAUGAACACAAAGAUUCCUUUGUAGCAGCUAAAGGAAAUUCUGGCAUCAGGGCUCGCAUCCUCAAGACAAUCAAAGAUGCUAUAGGCAGCAGUGAAGCAGCCAAAGACCCUUGUGUCAUGCUUCCUGAGAAAAAUCUGCGCAAGGCUGUUCGUGCCUAUUAUUUGGACUUCCUGGAAGAUGAUGAGGAUCGCAAGGCAGAGGAAGAGAUUAUUGAGGGAGGAACUAAGGACACAUCUGCUCCAGAUGCUAGGGAAGAUGAUAAGCCUGAGGAUGCUGGGAAGUACAAGACAGAAUUCUCUGGUUUUGAUGUCAUCCAAAAAUUAUUUAAGGAUGAAUUUGCAGAAUAUGACAAGCAGCACAGAGAUACCUCCAACCCAAAGUCUAUGGGUCAGAGGACAAGAUUGGCCCGCAUGUGGCACCAGGCCAUGUCCCCUGAGGUGAAGAAGGAGCUUGAGCGAGUUGCAGGAAAAUGGAACCAGGAAGGACCUCCUGCAGAUACCAAGGACAGAUACCGUACCCAUAACCAGAAAAAAAUGAUGGAGGACUUUAUGGACAUGGUCCGGAGAACCAUGGGAUUGCAUGUCGUCAUCCUUACAGCCCAUGACCGAGGUGAGGGAAAAGCUCCUGGAACUACUGUCUGGGAGACUUCGCCACAAAAGGCCAAAAAACCUUUUACUCAGGCGACCAAAGACAAUCGGAAAUGGGCAGAACAUGCUCAAGAUCGUCUUGCCAACUGGCUUCUCGAAGGAGAAUAUGCUAAAAGUCUGUCAGCCGAUGGAGAGGUUAGUGAUGGAGAGGAUGACGAUGAAAAUAAUCUCCCAGAUCUCACUGUUGAGGUCGAUGAUGAUGGUUAUCCUUGCCUACCCACAGGCUUUGUAUGUCUCAAGCUGAAGCACAGACAACAGCUUGUUCGGGCUGUCUUUCAAAAGGCCUACGCUGUUAUUACCAACAAUCCUAGGGCUCUGGUGCCCUGGGGUGAGAUGUCGACCGAUCCCACUCACUACCUUGAUUCAGGAUGCAUUCCUGAGAAUGUUGUCAUCAGGGAUCCUUCCCACCUGCAAAAGGACACGAUCACUGCAAUCUACUCCCACUGGAAAGACCGUGCUAGUCAUGACAUGCCGAUUAAAGGAGCUGCAAAGGGCAAGUCAAGGACGAAGCCUGCCUAUGUUGAAGUCUCUUCAGAUGAGGAAGGACUCUUGAACAAGGUCACCAAUGGUAAAAGCUCUUCAGAUGAAGAUGAUGUCGAGGUGGAGACUCCGACCAUUCCUGAGUCCAGCCCAAAAUACCAUCUUGCUAGGGACAUGGUCCCUUACCUCAAGUCUCUCUCUACUGUCCCUUCAUAUCAUCGUCUUCUUACUGCGGUUCAGAAGCUUCCGCAAAGAACAGAUUCAAAGUCAAGGAAACAGCAUCUUCCUGUCUGGGCUUCUUGGACAUGGUCUCAGGCAUAUCUGCCUCAAGACAUCCAUGAGGAUAUGAAAAUUGCCUCAGUCGCCCUGGAGCAUUUGAGUAACUACCAGUUCGAUUCUCGUGGAUGGGGCAUGGUUGUGGCCCUGGGACUUGGACUCCUACUUCGUGAGUGUCGUCGUGCUCAGGAGUAUGAAGCCGACGAAGCUGGAGAUGAUGUACCUAACUACUUGGGUAACUCGAUCUUGGGCAUCCAGAUGGGCGACCAGAUUGAGGAAAAGGUUGUAGAGAUAGGGGCAGCAGUAGAAGCCAUGCUGAAAGAUGAGAGCCUGGGGUUGUCUGUUGUGAGGAAAGACAUUGAGAAGAGGCGUUCAGAGGAGAAAAGGAAGUUGAAGGAGAAAAGGAGAGUCGAGGAGGAGAAGAGGGCUGAGGAGGAGAAGAGGGCUGAGGAGGAGAAGAGGGUCGAGGAAGAAGAAAGAUUGGCUAAGCAAGCAAGCAAGGUGGACAAGAGGGUGAGGAAAUCCAAUGCUAAAGGGAAGGGUAAGAGGCCUGCUGCAGAUGUGGAGGAACCAACCAAGAAAAAGGUGAAAGUUUCCCCUCCUGAUCCACCUUGUCGUUCUGCCAGAGACAAAGCACCUCCAAAGAAGUACAAUGUCUGA